AUGGAUUCAUUCAUAAUCUAUGCUUCCCAACAAAAUGCAACUAACUUAGUUACUCAAGAGAUCGAGUCGACUGGGAACCCAUUUGGUCCACAUUCCACCCUGAAGAUACCCUGGACCCAAUUCAGUCCUUCAGACGUAAGGCUAGCGCCCUUUCCAACUCGUGAAUAUACGGACGACGAGUUCCAGUCCAUCAUCAAGAAAGUCAUGGGAGUGCUGUAUUUACUGGGAUUUCUCUAUCCAAUCUCUCGUCUGAUCAGCUAUUCAGUGCUUGAGAAGGAGCAGAAGAUAAAAGAAGGUCUUUAUAUGAUGGGUCUGAAAGAUGAGAUGUUCCAUCUUUCUUGGUUUAUUACUUAUGCUUUGCAGUUUGCGGUUUCUUCUGCGAUAAUCACUGUCAGCACACUGGGUACUCUUUUUGAGUACAGCGACAAGUCUGUAGUGUUCAUGUACUUCUUUUCGUUUGGACUCAGUGCAAUCAUGCUGUCCUUUCUGAUCUCUACGUUCUUCACACGGGCAAAAACAGCCGUGGCUGUUGGGACCCUUUCUUUUCUUGGGGCCUUUUUUCCCUAUUAUACUGUUAAUGAUGAGGCUGUUUCCAUGAUUGUAAAGGUCAUUGCUUCUUUGCUUUCACCCACGGCUUUUGCUUUAGGGUCAAUUAACUUUGCUGAUUACGAACGUGCCCAUGUUGGACUCCGUUGGAGCAACAUAUGGAGGGCAUCAUCUGGAGUUUGUUUUUUGGCCUGUCUGUUGAUGAUGUUGCUUGACGCUUUGUUGUACUGUGUAAUUGGACUUUAUCUAGAUAAGGUCCUUCAUAAGGAGAAUGGAGUGCGUUAUCCAUGGGACUUUUUAUUUUGCAAGUGCUUUUGGAGGAAGAACAAUAGAACCGAACAUCAAGCUUGCAGUUCAGAAGUUAAUAUUAUUGGUGAGCAUUCCAAGGAAAAGGCCAAUUUUUCUGAGAAGGAUAUUCAUGAACCAGCUCUGGAAGCAACGAGCUUAGAUAUGAAACAAAAUGAGCUUGAUGGCAGAUGCAUCCAAAUUGGGAAUCUGCACAAGGUGUAUACUGCUAAGAAAGGAAAGAUUUGUGCUGUUAAUAAUUUACAGCUCACAUUAUAUGAAAAUCAGAUUCUUGCACUUCUAGGACACAAUGGAGCUGGUAAAAGCACGACAAUAUCGAUGCUUGUUGGCCUUCUGCCUCCUACUUCAGGGGAUGCAUUGGUUUUUGGAAAGAGUAUCUUAACUGACAUGGAUGAAAUUCGGAAGAAUUUGGGUGUGUGCCCUCAGUAUGAUAUUCUUUUCCCGGAGUUAACUGGGAGACAGGGAGGCAGAGGGAGGAAGGCAGAGGACCUGCAUGAGGUAAAGGAGCACAUGGUGAUAUUUGCUAAUUUGAAGGGUGUGGAUGAAGACUCUCUGGAGAGCAAUGUGACUGAAAUGGUUGAUGAAGUAAGUUUUCAUGUCUUUGUCUGUAAGAAUCUCACAGGCAUAUGCUAUCAUGCUUUCUGGAUUUUGACUUGCGUGUCUGAAACAAUGGUUGGUGGCAGUUGCAGUUGA